ACCCCUCUUCUUCUUUAUUCAGUCAUUCUAUAUUUUUUUCUCCAUCUAUCUAGCCAAUGUGAGAAAAGAUAUAGAAUUAAUUAUGGGUUCAAAUUCUAGAGAAAUGGACAUAGAUUUGAACUUUAUUUAUGUUCCACAAAUAAUUUCAGAUGUUUUAACUGAAAUUUCUGCCAUGGAUGACAUCUCCAAGAAAUUAAUAAAGCUCAAUCAAUUUAUUAUUGCUUUAGAAGAAGAGCUCAGAAAAAUCGAAGCUUUCAAACGUGAGCUGCCCUUUUGUAUGGUUCUCCUAAACGAUGCUAUUGAAAGAUUAAAGGAGGAAGCUUUACGGUAUAAAGGGAAAGAUAAAAAGCCUGUGAUGGAGAAAUUCAUCUCACUGAAGAAAGGUAAUUCUGAUGAAAGUGGAAGGGUAAAAAAGUCAAAUGAUCUUAAUGAUAAGAAAAACUGGAUGAGUUCGGCUCAGCUGUGGAGCACUCCAGUUCAGUAUGAACAAAGCUAUGAUCUUGAAAAGCAAGGACCUUUUUUACACCUAAAUUCUGGUGGGUUAGAAGAGAAAAACAAAGAGAAGGAAUACCAGUUAGGGGUACAUAAAUUGAAGAGUGAUAGAGGGGCAUUUUUGCCAUUUCAAGGACAAACUUUGAAGGAAGGGAAGAAUGGUUUGCCAGUUAAAGAUUUAUCUCUGUGUAUGGCAGUAACAGUGGCUGAAGGGCAAAAAGGUCAAAAUCCAAUUGAUUUGAGUGUAAAAAAUGAUAAUGGCACAUCAAAUGGGUGUAGUUUUUUACAGGAUAAAUCACAACAGAGGAAACAGAGGCGUUGUUGGUCACCAGAAUUGCAUCGUAGGUUUGUUGAUGCUCUUCAUCAACUUGGAGGUGCCCAAGUGGCUACACCAAAACAGAUCAGAGAUAUCAUGCAAGUUGAUGGCCUGACCAAUGAUGAAGUGAAAAGCCAUUUACAGAAGUAUAGGCUUCAUGUGCGACGAGUCCCAGUAUCGGGUUGUUCGUGGUCUAACAUGGAUGAAAUAGGAGAAUUGUCGAAGACAAAUGGCACACAAUCUGGUUCCCCUGAAGGUCCUCUUCAUUUUACUGGUUCAGGUUCAGCAAAAGGGGUGUCUAUGAAUGAAGAGGAGGAUAAUAAAUCAGAAAGCUAUACUUGGAAUGGACAGCAUCAAAAGAGCAAUAUUGAAGCUCAUGUAUAAGAUCAAGUAGCCAUAAAUUUUGCUGCUACAAAAAUAGGACAGACAAAACAUAGACCAAAUAACUCACAAGUAAUGCUGAGUUAACUUCUAAAAAAAAACAAAUAGGAGAUAGGAUCUGCUGAUUUUGACAUGUUUGUUGUGAAAUCAGGUUUAAUUAACAAAACAUGUUUGAUUUA